AUGGAUGUCUACAACCUAACUACCAUCACAGAGUUCAUCCUAAUGGGACUCUCGGACCUCCCUGAAGUGCGCUAUCCUCUCUUUGUGGUACUUGCUUUUAUCUAUCUAAUCACUUUGAUGGGAAAUUGGGCCAUUCUCCUUGCCAUUGGAACUGAGAAAAAACUACACACACCCAUGUAUUAUUUUUUGGCAAAUUUGUCUCUCUUAGACAUUUUCUGUCCAUCAGCUACUGUCCCAAAGAUACUCAAGAACCUCUUGGCUGAGAGACAGAACAUUUCUUUCGUCGGGUGUGUUCUGCAGCUCUUUUUCUUAGUGGCCCUGAUAGGGAAUGAAGUUUUUCUUCUCUCUGCCAUGGCUUAUGACAGGUACGUGGCUAUCUGUUUCCCUCUUCGUUACAGUCUCAUAAUGACAAACGGGCGCUGUGUCCAGCUCAUGGCCAGUGCCUGGGCAACCGGGUUUCUGAACUCCCUUCUGCAUACCGUGUUUACAUUCCGCCUGUCUUUCUGUAAGUCUAAUCGUGUCAACCAAUAUUACUGUGACAUCCCUCCAGUGGUGGCGCUCUCCUGUUCUUCCACCUAUAUGGCAGAAAUGCUUGUCUUGGUGGUAGGAGGUAUCUUGGGAAUCAGUGCUUUCUUGAUCACUGGUAUCUCUUAUGUCUAUAUUGUCUCCACUAUCCUGAAGAUCCGGUCAGCAGAAGGGAAGCGCAAAGCCUUCUCCACCUGUGCUUCCCAUCUCCUGGUGGUUGGUUUGUUCUAUGGGACAACGAUAUUUACCUACAUCCGCCCUUCCUCUAGUCAACACUCUCCAUCCAGAGACAGGCUCAUCUCCAUGUUGAAUGGGGUCAUUACGCCGAUGUUAAACCCCAUCAUCUACAGCCUGAGAAACACGGAAGUAAAAGGGGCUCUAAGGAAGGUUUUAUGCCACAAGAUGUGUUCAGAACAAUAA